AUGUCAUCAUCGUUAGGCUUCCCAAGGUCAAUGUCAUUAAGUUUACCAAAAACAUUUUCAUUUUCUCCGUCGUCCUCGUCCGAAGGAAAAAGUUGCAAAAAAUCGAUACCAUCACUUGAUCGUUAUCUUACAAAUGAAGGUCAUCGACUGGUUGUUUCGUAUAUUCGAAACACACAGAUACAAAAUAACAUCAUAGGUGGCCAAUUGUUCAAAAUCGAAGAAAAUGAUAUCGAUGAACUGAUCAAAAGUUAUAAGGGAACUCCUACGCCAGUUUUUCACACACUUCGCUAUGACGAUCUUCAUUUGGCAUUACACGAGAUGAAGAAUCUAAGUAAACUUUUGAAAGGUGAUAAAAUCACAAAUAUUCAUACGCUUCAAUUAACGAAAAAUCAACUUUGUGGAACUCCGUUAAAGCUGUUUUUCAACGCACUACGGAAGAAUAGUACAGUCACAAAACUCGACUUGUCAUUUAAUUUUUUGGGUGAUCGUGAGGUGAAAUGGUUGGCUAAAGUAUUGAAAAAGAAUCAAACAUUACGGGAGGUUUAUCUGGCGUCUAAUAAAAUCGGGGUAGAAGGAGCGAAAUUGUUGGCGAAAGCACUUAAAGAGAAUAAUUCGCUGGAAAGAUUCAGUAUUGAACAAAAUCGAAUUGGCUCUCAGGGUGCAAUUGCAUUUGCCGAAAUGUUGAAGACGAAUAAAACGUUGAAAUAUAUUCAUUUUGGUGGUAAUAAUUUAGGUAUUGGGGGGACUCAAGUUAUUUGUGAGGCAUUGAAAGUUAAUCAAACUCUUCUGAGCUUGAGUCUUGAUGUUAAUAACAUUGGAAAGGAUGGGGCACGAUUAAUUGGUGGUGCAUUAUUAAUGAAUAAAACACUUACUCAUCUUUACCUUGGACGCAAUAAUAUCCAAAAUGAAGGUCUACAACAUAUUUGUCGUGGUCUCGAUCAUCCAGAUUCUGCCAUAAUCUAUUUGGAUUUGGAAUUUAAUGGUAUCGGAGGCGAAGGCGGAAGUGGAGGUGAAUCACUAGCAAAACUAUUAGACUCCAAAAGCAGCAAUGUUCCACGUGCAAUUAAUCUUGUUAAUAAUCCAGUUGGCGAUGAAGGGUGCGAGCAAUUAGCAAAAGGAUUCUACAAAAACACAACUCUUGAAUCGAUCAUCCUGUCACAUUGUAAUAUUGGACUACGUGGUAUCACUGCCAUCUCGGAAUCAUUGAUUGCUAAUCGAGGAUUACAAAAUCUUACUCUGGACAAUAAUAAUGCCAUUGGCGCUGACGGGCAUGCAUUAUUAGCUGAUGCAUUAGAGAAAAACACUACAAUCAAAGGCGUGCAACUCGACUACAAUUUCGCGGAUUGGGAACAUGCCGGGAAUUCAAUACAAGCAUCGCUUACCCGUAAUCAUUUCCUACAACAAGAGAAAUACGCGAUCGCUUCUCAGAUUCUCGUUGCCGCACGAACAAUGUUUCAUUCUUUUCCACCAAAGAAACUAUCGUCAUCAUUAAUGCAUCUUGAAUUCCAUGCACUACCAUUUGAGAUUCGUGAAAAUAUUCUAUUCGCGCUAGACGCAAACAAUGUGUUGACACAUUCACAGAAAAUAUCAAUUAUCAAUUUCGCAAGGCGAAAAGACACGCUGGGUACUAGUAGGGAAUCAUUUUUGUUGCAGGCUUUUCAUGUUUAUUAUCCAUUGACUUUGACAGUACGACUUUGGCCUACCGAAGCUUCGGAUUUUGAUUCUUCGGAUAGAUAUUAG